AUGGCUGCAGAGCAGCGAAAGCUGUUGGAACAGCUCAUGGGAGCUGACCAGCUGAUUGGGGGACCCAGUUCUGGUCGAAACGCGCAGGUUGCGAUCACUGACCCUAAAGUUUGCCGCUCCUAUCUCGCUGGUACUUGUCCUCACGACCUCUUUACAAACACGAAACAAGACCUAGGACCCUGUCCAAAGCUGCAUAGCGAAGGCUUGAAGGCCGAAUACGAUGCUGCAUCAUCGCACGAAAAGGCCAAAUGGGGGUUUGAGUAUGACUACUUGCGAGAUAUGCAAAAAUACAUUGAUGAAUGCAACAGGAGGAUAGACUCGGCACAGCGCCGUCUCGAGAAGACCCCUGAUGAAAUACGGCAAACAAACCAUUUGCUAUCUCAAAUAUCGGACCUGAACAGAACAAUUAACGCCGGAUUAGAGGAAACGUCUGUGCUUGGUGAACUUGGAGCCGUUGCUACAGCUAUUGACGAAUUUUACAAAGUGCGAACUGCUAAGCACCAGAAGGAGUCUCUGGAACGCGACCUUAAGGCUCUUGCAGAUACGUCUGGUCCUUCAGGGCACCAGAAGCUGCAGGUUUGCGAUGUUUGCGGAGCGUACCUCAGCCGACUGGAUAAUGACCGUCGCCUUGCCGAUCAUUUCUUUGGGAAAAUGCAUCUGGGAUAUGCUAAAAUGAGGGAGACCUAUGGCAUCCUACAGAAAGAGAUGAAGGGGCAGCCCCCUUCAAGGCACGACGACGGCCCAUCUGGUCGUGGUGAUGCCGGAUUUGAUGACGCUGGCUGGGGCCGAGACGGCGGCGGUGGAUAUGGUGGUCGUUCCUAUAGGGGUAGUGGAGGUGGUAGGAGAAAAGGUGGCGGUGGUGGUUACAACAGGUGGUGA